UGUGAGGCAGAGGCUCAGUCACUCUUUGCCUCUCAUGCGAAAAACACGGUAAAAACCAAGUCAUCAACUCCUGAGAAAAGGCAUCAAAAGUUUCAAAACAGAGCAGUUUUUCGAAGUUUGGAACAUACAAAUUUUCCCAAUUCGGGUUUUCAAAGUUUCUACGAAGCUUGGACCACCAAAAAAAUCUGCAAUAUCUAUAUCCUCAACUUACCGGAGACAAUUCCUCCAGUUGCGAGUGGUUAUUUCUGAAGAAUGUAUGAAUAUCAUCUGAUCAUCAUGCCGUGAAUUGUAGUUAAAGAAAUGUCAUUAAUUUGAUAAUUGGUGUUAUAAUAUCCCCUACUUUCGGUGCUUUAGAGUCAAUCGUAUUUUAUUAAAAAGUUUACAAGAAUUUGUUCCUCGACCAAGAAAAAUUACUACACAUAAUUAGUAAAAUAAUUACUAAAAAUAAUAAUUACACGCAAAACUUGCAAUUAUUCUUCCGUGGGAUGGAAUAAAUAUGUGCUUAUGAAGCAGAGAAAAUCAAUUAUUAAAGAGAGAAAGAGCUUUUAGGUUUUACUCAAUUUGAUUAAAUCGUUAUUACUACCAUACAAUAAAACAUUCACUUUUUAAGCAGUCAUACUUUUGAUUUUAAUCGAACUUUACUUAAAAGAAAAUGAAAACACCAGAAAUGUAAAUAAUACAGGCUUCGUAUCAAUUUCCUAUUCAUUUGUACCUUGAUGAAAUACAAGAAACCUUACAUAUAAAAUAUUCUACAAGUCUUCAAAUUUUAUUACAAAUUAUUACUCUACUGUGAUAUUAUGCUAAUCAAUCAUUAAAUUUUAUUGUAGAUUUCAAUCGACCAUCAUCACCACACUGACAACCAAACCACUGACAGACAAAAAAUCACCACCAGAAUCAGACAUAUGUACCAUCACCGGCACAUCAAAUUUCUUAUAAACUAAUUCUAACAUCAGAUAAUCAGAAACAUUGACAUUUUUGAACACUUCACAUAUCGCCACGAGCCAAGUGAACAUUUAUUUCUGAAACAUUUUACCUUCAAUAAUAGCGAAUAUAUUUGCCAAAACAACGUAAAAAAAUCAUUAACAAAAAUUAAAAAAAAAACACGGUGCUCAGCUCUCACUACAAGUAAAUAGUUUGUGAACAAUACGUCAACUCCAUAUUAUUAUUACUAUUAUUCGAUCUUUGUUCAGCAUAUAGUGCGUGGUCACACAACUCGUAUACCCGUACGUAGGAAUAAUCACUUGCAAAUUCCCAUAUUAAUUGUGAAGGAAAGUCUGCACAAAAGUAGGCGAAUUCUAUAAUCUUUCAAGUUGAAGAAAGGACUUUAUGAAGGAUGGCAUACAUGGCCGAAACUAACGGGGCCAAACGCUCAAAAUUGGACGACGAAACAAGGAAUCAUUCUUCCCACCAUCAGAACCAGCCGUCUUGGAACAAUAUGGACAAUGAAGAUGGUGGUGGUGGAGGUGGUGGUGGGCGUCGUAAAAGGGAAGAAUCGGAACGUGUUAACCACAUCUUGCUGUUCACCAUCCUGAAUCCGAUGUACCCAAUUACCACGGACGUGCUCCACACCAUUUCUUCUCCCCAUGGAAAGGUUGAGAGGAUAGUCGUCUUCAAAAAGCAUGGAAUCCAAGCCAUGGUCGAGUUUGACAGCAUUGAUUGCGCGAAGAGAGCUAAGGACAGUCUACAUGGGGCAGACAUCUACAGCGGGUGCUGCACUCUUAAAAUCGAUUUUGCCAAGCCGUCGAAACUGAACGUGUACAAGAAUGAUAAUGAAAGUUUUGAUUACACAAAUCCUAACCUUGGUGUUUCAAAAGAAGGGAGACCAGGGCCUCUGCUUCAGGAGCCAAGAUUUGGCCAAAAUCCAAUAAGAUUUAAUCAAAGAACAGCAGGAUCGAUGGAGCCCCUUCGUGGCCAAGUUCCCUUUGCCAAUGGAGGAGGUGGAGGAAGUUCUGGGAAUUACGACAGGUACGAGAAUGGCUACGGCUCACGGUCAUUGAACGGUCCGGGGGGAGGUGGUGGCGGUACAAGUGGUGGGGCUGGAGGACCUGCGGCUUACCACGACACCCCACCUUAUGAACGAUAUCCUGCCGAGAGGGGCUACGUGAGUGGUGGGCCGAAGGACGACUACUCGUACAGAAACGGACCGAUGCGUUCCUCGCCGCCCGCCUUGGCAGAUGUUCCCAGCGGUGGCGUAGGUGGACCUCGACCUAUGCAGCAAGGGGCGGUGAUGAUGGUGUACGGAUUGUGCAAGGACAGAAUAAAUGCGGAACGGCUCUUUAAUCUCUUUUGUUUGUAUGGCAAUGUUGUCAGAGUGAAGUUCCUCAAGUCGAAGGAGGGGUGUGCCAUGAUUCAGAUGGGCGAUGCUCUCUCGGUUGAUCGAGCCAUGUCAAAUUUCAACAACACAUUCAUGUUUGGGUCAAAAGUUCAACUAGGAUACUCAAAACAAGCAUUUCUCAGUGACGUACAAACACCUCACACACUUCCGGAUGCUUCACCUUCCUUCAAAGACUUUAUGGGCAACAAAAACAAUCGGUUCCUCAACCCUGAAAUGGCUAGCAAAAAUAGAAUACAACCACCUACAAAGACUCUCCACUUUUUCAAUACUCCCCCCAUGUCAUUUGGAGAAAACGAGAUGCGAGAAGUGUUCUUAGAAGCAGAAGCACCUUCGCCAAAGUCUGUGAAAUUUUUCCAGUCGAAAAGUAAGAGCGAGAGAAGUUCUUCCGGACUGAUUGAGUUCGAGUCAUUGACAGAUUCAGUGGAAGGGCUGGCUAUAAUGAACCAUUACCCCAUCAAGUGCCCAGGCGGCAAGUUCCCUUUUAUACUCAAGUUAUGUUUCUCAUCAUCCAGAAAUCCUCAGAAUCGGAUGGAUGAUCGUGGAUCGGAUUAAACAGAGAACACAGGAGGAAUGAAACAACAAUGUUUUAUGACCAUUUCUCAGCAGCGUCUUAUCUCAAUAGUUAUUAGAUGUAAACGUAUUAUUAUGUGCAUGUGAAAUUUCAUAUUUUGUUAAUACAGUUUUACAAAGUAUCACCACACAAGUUUGUGCAAACGAACAUAAAGUUUCAUUGUUAUUUUAUGAUUGAGACAUUUUAAUUUCUAAUAAAAAAUAUACACAAUCAUGUAAUGCAUAAUCACUCACGAGAUUCAAUGUAAUAUCCAACAACUGUGAAAUUUAAUUGUCAUCAGGAAAAUUGUAAUAGAUAAAUAUUCGUAAGUAUGAUAUUAUUAAUAAUUAGGAUUAAAUUGAAAUUACUAAAAUGGUAAAUAUAAUACUACCCACUCGUAAUAUGUAAUAAGACAAGUCGACGAUAUACAUAGAUAAAUACAUACAUGGUAUAGCUGAAGAUACAUACAUAUUUACUAAUGCAUAAGACUAAUACUAAUAUUUCAUCAUUUAUGAUAUACCUUUUUUUGAGGAUACGAUUUUAGUCAAAACUGGUCUACUUUAUUUCCUUCUGUUCAAUCUGACAAUAUGUAAAACGUUUGUUUUUAGUUGGAUUAGUAAAAUGCUUCCGUUUGAGUUUCUUGAUAAUGCAUUUAAUGUAAUAUAAAACAUAUGUAUUGUUUUACUUUAUUAGAACAAGCUGCUUAGAACUAAUUAAUUAACCAAGCUCUGCUAUUAAGAUGUAUGUACAUAGAAUACAGUGAUUAAUAGUAUGUAUUGUCUGGAGUUUUUACUCCUUGAUCUGCAACUCAAACAUAUCAAAAAGUGCUGGAACUUUUAUGAUUUAUUGUCUACGACAAAGUAGUAGUGUUUGUUUACAAAGUCUCUGAAAUUACCAUCUACGGAUUGUCGAUUUAAUCUUAUGAUGUCCUAGCUCCCGUGUUGAAUGAUGAAUGGAUGUGUGUUGUUGACCCCAAUAAUUAUGCUUGUAAAUACUUCUUGAGCAUUGAAUAUUGCCAAUUUUGAACGAAUUAGAGUAUUUCACUUGUCUGUCAAUCGUCUUUAUAUACCUUUUGCCGAGCAGUAUUUGUCGACUUGCCAAAAUAAUGUAAAUUUCUGUGUAAAAAAUGAAAAAUCUUGAGGUUUGCCAACGUUGUAUACAUAUGUGUUGGAAUUUGACCAACUUACAUAAAAUUACUUUUAGAAUUAAAAUUUUCACCAUUUAUUAAUUGUGCUAGACAUACAUAAUCACAUAUUCCACUGAUAAGUAGUAUGUAUGUAAAUGUAUAGUCAGGCAAUAACAGAGAAUUGGAGAACGAUUAUAUGCACGAUUAUAUGUACGAUACGAUGAUCUCCAAAAGUCUUCUUUUGUUAUUUAUGACUUUACUUAUCUAGUUGAAGAUGAAUUAUCACUUAUCAUACAGACUGGUAAUUAAUUGCAUGUGCAUACAUCAGUCUAUUCGCAUAGUACUUUUUUAUUAUACUAUGUACAUGUAUGAAUAUGUAUGUACGUUGAUCUCCAACUUAACUGUAUUUUCACCAUGGUUGGAACUUGAACUUUAUGUUUAGAACUUCUUCUUAUUCCUGUUUAGUAAAAUUUGCAAAAUGAAUUACUGCUAUUAUAUUAUGUGUGAUCCGUGAUAUUUGUUGAAUUUUAAGAAGGUUAAAUGUUAUGAUUUUAUAAGAGACGAAGUGUAGUAAGUAGAUUACGGAAUUCCUAUAGUUGUGAUAUGUCCUUUAUAUUGAAACAUGAUCAAUCAACCAUAAGUACUGUCCCACGCACGUAUGUACUGUAUUACGAGUUCUCCUGCAUUUUCAGGCUUUUGGGCAGGAUAAAAAAGUUACAAAGUGGACUGAUGAUGCGCAUUUUAUUGGGUAUUCAUCCCUUUCAUAAUUCAAAUCUCUGAAUAAUUAAAUCUUUGCACGUCUGUAUGUAUUUAUGCCUAUGGCGUACGUAAUUAUUCCCUGUAUUUAAUCUUUCCAUACAUAUGUAAAUAUUUACACUACAACAAUAACAAUACAAUAUGUGCGUAAACUUGGGUAAACUUACACUGAAUACUAAAUAUCAACAUCCUCGUUAAUUUAUAACUACUCAAGUACUUUAACAAUUGAAAAAAUGAAAUGUAAAAUGAGUGCCAAGUCGAAAGCCAAACCAAUAUAAUUCAUCCAUGAUAAUCUGAUUCAUGUAUUAAAACUUGAUUCUUUCUAAGCAAGCAGAAGAAUCAAUCGUUGUUGAGCAGAGAGUGAUUUCUGUGCUCUAAAGAAAUGUUAAAAUUGUCUGGAAUGGUUUAUAGUGAUAGUUUAGAUAAAGUUUUGACUUUGAAAAUUCAAUGUUGUUACUAUUAUGUUAAAGAGUUAAUACACUGGGAAAAAUAAAAUGUCAUUUAUAUGUAUGAAAA